AUGUAUCAACGCGCACUCCUUUUCUCUGCCGUAAUGGCAGCGGCUCGUGCCCAACAGGUUGGCACACAGAAAGCCGAGACUCAUCCCUCUUUAACUUGGCAGAAAUGCACCUCUGCAGGCAGCUGCACGGAUCAGUCUGGCUCUGUUGUUGUCGAUGCCAACUGGCGCUGGGUUCACUCGAUUGAUGGCACCACCAAUUGCUAUACAGGAAAUACCUGGGAUGCCACUCUUUGCCCCGAUGAUGAGACUUGUGCUACCAACUGUGCCGUCGAUGGUGCUGAUUAUUCGGGCACUUAUGGAGUCACCACCGACGGUGAUGCGUUGACCCUAGGCUUCGUUACCGGCUCAAAUAUCGGUUCUCGUUUGUACUUGAUGGAGGAUGAGAACACCUAUCAGAUCUUCAAGCUGCUGAACCAGGAGUUCACCUUCGAUGUGGAUGUGUCAGACCUCCCUUGUGGUCUCAAUGGAGCAUUGUACUUCGUUUCGAUGGAUGCUGAUGGUGGCAUGUCCAAAUAUGAGAACAACAAGGCCGGCGCCAAGUACGGCACAGGCUACUGUGAUUCUCAGUGCCCUCGCGAUUUGAAGUUCAUCAACGGCCAGGGUAACGUCGACGGCUGGGCUCCCUCCGACAAUGACGCGAACGCUGGUGUCGGCAACCAUGGCUCAUGCUGCGCUGAGAUGGAUAUCUGGGAGGCCAACAGCAUCUCAACUGCUCUUACUCCUCACCCUUGCGACACCGCUAGCCAGACCAUGUGCGAUACUGACGCCUGUGGCGGCACCUACUCUUCUAACCGCUAUGCUGGUACUUGCGAUCCUGAUGGCUGCGACUUCAACCCGUACCGUAUGGGCAACACUAGCUUCUAUGGUCCCGAUCAGAUCGUUGAUACUAACUCCAAGAUGACCGUUGUCACCCAAUUCAUCACUGAUGAUGGCACCGACUCCGGUACACUCUCGGAGAUUAAGCGUAUCUACGUUCAAAACGGCGAGGUCAUCGCCAACUCGGCUUCGGAUGUUAGCGGCGUCUCUGGCAACUCGAUCACUUCAGACUUCUGCACUGCCCAGAAGACCGCAUUCGGCGACCAGGAUAUCUUCUCUCAGCACGGUGGCCUCUCCAAUAUGGGCGAUGCUCUCAGCGAGGGAAUGGUCCUUGUUAUGAGCUUGUGGGACGACCACUAUGCGGAUAUGCUCUGGCUCGACAGCAACUACCCCACGGACGCCACCGCUACCGACCCCGGUGUUGCCCGCGGCAGUUGCUCUACUGACUCUGGAAAGCCCAGCACCGUUGAGUCCGAGUCUGCUUCCGCCAAAGUGAUUUACUCUAACAUCCGAGUUGGCCCGAUCGACUCUACGUAUUCUUCCUAA